AUGGCUAUCGUGGAGGAAUAUCAAGACCCCUCGUCCACCAACCACACUCCCACCUUUACUCUCUCCGCCAAAAUCCAACGCGAGGUAGAAGCCAACGGCAUCACCCGCCCAAAAGGGUACAACGUCUCAUGGCAUCAUAACCCUGCCGUGGAGAAUCAUCACUUUGGCCAAACCCAUCCUAUGAAGCCCUGGCGUCUAACACUAACAAAAUCCCUUGUACUGUCUUACGGCAUGCACACGGCCAUGGACUGUUUUACCUCACGUCCAGCCACCGAACAAGAGAUCAGAGCAUUCCAUAGGGAAGACUAUGUCGAUUUCCUCAAGGUCGCCACCCCUAACAAUAUCUACAUAUUGUACCCUGAACUUUCAACCGGACCACAAGGCCACUCUUCCGCCGUUUUUGGUGUCGGAGACGAUUGUCCUAUUUUCGAUGGCGUCUUUGAAUUUUGCUCGACCUACGCAGGCGCAUCCAUCGACGCUGCGCGCAAACUUUGUCACAAACAAUCCGAUAUCGCCAUCAACUGGUCUGGCGGCUUGCAUCAUGCCAAAAAGGCCGAGGCCAGCGGAUUCUGCUACGUCAACGACAUUGUACUCGCCAUUCUUCAACUGCUCCGUUACCAUCCGCGUGUCCUGUACAUCGAUAUCGACGUACAUCACGGGGAUGGUGUAGAACAAGCAUUCUGGUCCACUGACCGUGUCAUGUGUAUGUCCUUCCACAAAUACGACAAGGAUACGUUUUUCCCUGGAACCGGUCCACUGGAGUCCACAGGACCGAUACACCCAGACAAUCCAGGAAAAAAUUAUACCAUCAAUGUUCCACUCAAGGAUGGCAUUGACGACGAUACCUACGACUACCUCUUCCGCAGUGUUGUCGAACCCACCAUCAAGACCUACCGCCCCUCGGCCAUCGUACUCCAGUGCGGCGCCGACUCUCUCGGUCAUGAUCGCCUGGGGUGUUUCAACCUCAACAUUAGCGGCCACGGCAGGUGCGUUUCGUUUGUCAAAUCCUUUCAGAUUCCUUUAUUAGUCGUGGGUGGUGGCGGUUAUACCCCGCGAAACGUCGCACGGGCAUGGGCACAUGAGACAUCCAUCUGCAUUGGUGCAGAUCACACGCUCAAUCCGCAACUACCAGAGUUCUUGCCGUACCGUGAAGCCUUUCGGAAAGAAGGCUUCACUCUGUUCCCCAAUCUCGCCGGCUGGAAAAAAGAGAACCAGGUCUCAAGGCAGGACGUGGAAAAGAUCAUACGACACGUGAAGGACCAACUGACAGAGAUCCGCGGCGCCCCGAGCGUCCAGAUGAAACACAUACCGCAAGACAUUCAGGGUUGGAGGGAUGAAGUCGAGGAGGAAUUGAAGGCCAAGCGACUAGACAAGGAGGAAAAGGCGGAAGAGAGAGACGGAGCUGGUGGCCUUGUGGCAAAAGCAAGCAGGAGGAGAGAGCUGGAGAGAACAGGCGGCAGCUCGGCGCUGGCGAGUGGUGCAGCAAGCGUGAGGCUGGGCGACGGUCCCAGCUGA